UUGUACAAAACUUUGCUUCCUGGUAGAGAGAAGGUGCCUCUUCUCUUGUUGGCUGAUCCAGCAUACCCCUUACUACCCCAUUGUAUGAAAGAAUAUUAAGUUUUUAAUGCACAAGUAAUGUUUAACACAAUGUUACGAAGUGCUCGCAACCAGAUUGAGUGUGCUUAUGGGCAAUUAAAAGCCAGGUGGCCAAUUCUGACAACAUCCCUAAAUUCCAACCUUGAUGAUAUCCCAGUAAUAGUCUAUACUUGCUUUGUAUUGCAUAAUUACUGUGAGAUGAACAAAGUAGGAAUAGACAAGAUAUCAGUAGCAUCUCCUCAGCAAAGCAAUGCAGAUGAGAGACAAGGGUCUCUUGACAGGAGAUAUAGUGUUACCACUGCUCAAGGUUUUAAGACCAGGGAGGUUAUAACUGAUUACUUUAAAGAGUAUAUGGUUACAGUUUAA